AUGCAGACAACAACAAGACAAGGAGAAGCAGGUGAGGAACACACGGUGAGGGAGGCGACGCGACGAGACGAGACGCAGGCGCCCACGUGGAGCCUGCUCGCGGACAAACGUCUUCGUCGUCGCGUUGCCAAGGAAACUGAAUAG